AUGGAGAAUGAACAGGAAGAAGUGCUGGGAAGCGAUGACGAAGAACAGGAAGAUCCAAAGGAUUAUCGCAAGGGUGGCUAUCAUCCAGUUGCGAUCGGUGAUGUUUUCAACGGCCGCUAUCACGUAAUCCGCAAGAUGGGCUGGGGCCACUUCUCCACCGUUUGGCUCUGCUGGGAUACGGUGCAGACGCGUUUUGUUGCUAUGAAAAUUGUCAAGUCAGCGGAGCAUUACACAGAAGCGGCGUUGGACGAAAUCAAAGUACGGCUCGUUUUCAUUGCAUGUUUUGUUUACGAAUGGAUCCCUUUUGAAUGA